GGCGACGCUCUGGGCCGCCCGCCCGCGUGCGUCUCUAUGGUGCUGCGCGCUCCCGCGCGCCGCUCCCGCGCCCGCGCCCGCGCGCCGGGGCGGACGCUGCCUCUUUAAGCGGCGGAGGGCGGCGCCGCGGAGGUCCCGCGAGAGCGGCGGGGGGCGGGGGGCGGCGCCGAGCCGGGGGGCCCCCGAGGCGGAUGGAGCCAGCGAUGGAGCCCGAGACUCUGGAGGCGCGAAUCAACAGAGCCACGAAUCCCCUGAAUAAGGAGCUGAACUGGCCCAGCAUCAACGGCUUCUGCGAGCAACUCAGCGAGGACUUGGAGGGGCCUCCGCUUGCCACCCGGCUGUUGGCACACAAGAUCCAGUCCCCGCAGGAGUGGGAGGCCGUCCAGGCCCUGACGGUGCUGGAAACAUGUAUGAAGAACUGUGGCAAGAGGUUCCACGAUGAGGUGGGCAAAUUCCGCUUCCUGAACGAGCUCAUCAAAGUGGUGUCUCCUAAGUACCUGGGCUCCCGGACAUCAGACAAGGUAAAGAACAAGAUCUUGGAACUGCUCUACAGCUGGACCAUCGGCCUGCCUGAGGAGGUGAAGAUCGCAGAGGCCUACCAGAUGCUUAAGAAGCAGGGGAUUGUGAAGUGCGACCCCAAGCUUCCCGAGGAUGCUGCCUUUCCCAUCCCCCCUCCACGCCCCAAGAACGUCAUCUUCGAAGAUGAAGAGAAGUCCAAGAUGCUGGCACGCCUGCUGAAGAGCUCCCAUCCCGAGGACCUCCGGGCGGACAAGCUCAUCAAGGAGAUGGUGCAGGAGGACCAGAAGCGCAUGGAGAAGAUCUCGAAGCGCGUGAACGCCAUCGAGGAGGUGAACAACAACGUGAAGCUGCUGACGGAGAUGGUGCUGAGCCACAGCCAGGGCGCCGCCGCCACCGCAGCCUGCAGCGGCGAGGACCUCAUGAAGGAGCUGUACCAGCGCUGUGAGCGGAUGCGGCCCACGCUCUUCCGAUUGGCCAGCGACACAGAAGAUAAUGACGAGGCUCUAGCGGAGAUCCUGCAGGCCAACGACAGCCUCACCCAGGCGAUCAACCUGUACAAGCAGCUGGUGCAGGGCGAGGAGGUCAAUGGAGACGCCGCAGCCGGCCCCAUCCCCGGGAGCACCUCGGCCCUGCUGGACCUCUCGGGCCUGGACCUCCCUCCUGCGGGCACCGCCUAUCCGACCGUGCCUCCCCGCCCCGGCGACCAGGCCAGCCCCGAGCAGCCCAGCGCCUCCGUGUCCCUGCUUGAUGACGAGCUCAUGUCUCUGGGCCUAAGUGACCCCACGCCCCCCUCGGGCCCAGUCUCCGAAGCCGCUGGGUGGAACAGCUUCCAGUCCUCGGAGGGCCCUGAGCCCCCAGCUCCCAGCACAGACAGCCGGCCCUCGGUGCAGGCGCCCCCGCCCGCCAGCAGCGGCCUGGACGACCUGGACCUCCUGGGGAAGACCCUCCUGCAGCAGGCGCUGCCCCCCGAGGCCCAGCAAGUGCGGUGGGAGAAGCAGCAGCCGGCCCCCCGCCUCACGCUCCGGGACCUGCAGAGUCGGAGCGGCUGCGGCUCCCCCGGCGCCGCCGGCCUCCUCCACGCCGCGUCCCCCGAGGCCCCCGGGCCCGCGCAGCAGCCCGCGCCCACCGAGCUCUCGCUGGCCAGCGUCACGGUGCCCCUGGAGUCCAUCAAACCCAGCAGCAUCUUGCCCGUGACGGUGUACGACCAGCAUGGCUUCCGAGUCCUCUUCCACUUCGCCCGUGACCCGCUGCCCGGGCGCUCCGACGUGCUGGUGGUGGUGGUGUCCAUGCUGAGCACCGCCCCCCAGCCCAUCCGCAACAUCGUUUUCCAGUCAGCCGUCCCCAAGGUCAUGAAGGUGAAGCUCCAGCCGCCCUCGGGCACAGAGCUGCCGGCUUUCAACCCCAUCGUCCACCCCUCAGCCAUCACCCAGGUCCUGCUUCUCGCCAACCCUCAGAAGGAGAAGGUUCGCCUCCGCUACAAGCUCACCUUCACCAUGGGCGACCAGACCUACAACGAGAUGGGGGAUGUGGACCAGUUCCCCCCACCAGAAACCUGGGGAAGCCUCUAGAACAGAGGGGCUGGGGAGAGGUGGGGCAGAGGGACUGGCCGCAGUCCACCCUGGUGCUUCUCCCCUCCCUCAGGACCCCCCCAAGGACUCUUCCUCUCCCCCUUGGCCUCCCCCCUGCCGAGUCAAACCCAGCCGGAGGCUGGGCCUGGGUUUGUGCCGCAGGGGGGGCCCUGCCCUCUCCCGCGGGAGCCGGGGGUGGGGGCUGCACCUAGAAGGACUUGAGGUCCUGGGGAAGAAGCAUGGCCGCCAGGCCUAGCCCCGACCCCAGCCCGGGGUGGGGUCCGCCCCACCCGUUCCUAAUGCCUUAUGGGAAGGCCCAGCCAUAACUGGGAGGCGGCGCUGGAGCCGGACCAGCGCGGGGCCCCCCUGGAAGCCAGCGCCGGGGGGGGCCCCCGCACCUCAGCUCUUUGCACUCCGCUGUGUGGUUUGGCUCUUUGUGUUUUGUUUUCAGCGUGACCCUGUGGUCACAGUCUCAGGAGGCUGAGCCGGGGAGCCCCACCUGGUCCCUCCCGGGGCGGGGGGGCCUCCAUUGCUUCAGGCUUCCUAAGGAACUAUGGGAGCCCGAGGGUGACGCCCCAGGGAGCCGGCAGCCCCAGCCAGGGCUGCAGAGCGCCUCCUCUCCUCAUCCGCCUCUGCGGGGGCCUGCUGUGCGCAGCUCAUGUCUGUCCAUCCGUCUGUCUGUGGUCAGAAGUGGGGUCCGUGUGCGAGUGAGAGCAGGAGUAUUUAUGAAAAUAAAACAACCUUUUUCCUGA